AGCCCCGGCUGUGGCAGCAUCCGGGACGGCGGGCGGGCGGGCCAACCGGGACAGGAGGUGAGAUCCGGGACCUGCCCAGCUCUGCAGGCUCGGCCUGUGGCCGUUGCCGGGCACUGGGCUCCCGGCGCUGCAAGGCGGAGAGGCCCGGGUCUGGCGCCGCCCGCGCAGCCGGGUCGCAGCGGCGGGCGCUGCAGCACGACAGGGGGCGGGGCCGGCUGCAGGGGAGGCCAGGGUGGCUGGGGAGUCUCCCGGCUGGGCCGAGUGACACAGGCUGGGGCUCCGGCAGCGGCGACAGGGGCCGGGCCGCCGCGUGACCGGCUGCAGUCACGCUGUGCUUAAUCACAAUUAGCUUUUGCUCCAGGCUGGCCGUGCGCACCAUUCUCCCAGCCGGUGACCCCGGGGAUUUCUUUUAUGGUGGCUUUCUCUGAAAUGCCAAAGCCACCCGAUUAUUCAGAGCUGAGUGACUCUUUAACGCUUGCCGUGGGAACAGGAAGAUUUUCGGGACCACUGCACAGAGCAUGGAGAAUGAUGAACUUCCGUCAGCGUAUGGGAUGGAUUGGAGUGGGAUUGUAUCUGUUAGCAAGUGCAGCAGCAUUUUACUAUGUUUUUGAAAUCAACGAGACUUACAAUAGGCUGGCCUUGGAACACAUUCAGCAGCACCCAGAGGAGCCCCUUGAAGGAACCACAUGGACACACUCCUUGAAAGCUCGGUUACUCUCCCUGCCUUUCUGGUUUUGGACAGUUAUUUUUCUGAUACCUUACUUGCAGAUGUUUUUGUUCCUUUAUUCUUGUACAAGAGCUGACCCCAAAACGAUGGGCUACUGUAUUAUUCCCAUAUGCUUGGCAGUUAUAUGCAAUCGCCACCAGGCAUUUGUCAAGGCUUCUAAUCAGAUCAGCAGACUACAACUGAUUGAUACAUAAAAUCAGUCACUAUUUUUUCCUUACAAGUACAAAACUGCCAGUACUGUAUGAAGCCUGAUCACAAGACUGCAGUUUCUUCACAGAUCUCAGGAAGCUGUGGUGGGGCAGAGGCUUUUUAAAGAAUGUGACUAGGGGACUAUCUUUAUCUGAAUAUUGAAUUUUUAGGUAAAGCCUGUGAUACAGUACUACAAAAUCAUGUUGAUGACUUCAGAUUUUGGAAGUAAAAUUUUAUCUGUUAUUUGAAUUCUUUAGAAACUUGAAUAAGUACCUGGAUUCAUAUUUUUAUUCUACUGUGCAACAUAGUGAUGAUUCAGAAAUUUUUCCUUUGGGGAAAAAAUGAACAUUUCCAUUGUGUUUAAUGUAAAAAGGUCCAAACAUGGUCAUAAAAUUUAAAUUUUAUACAAUUA